AGAUCAAAGAUAGUGUUAAGGACCUUAAACGUGAUCACAUGUUAUUUGGUACUGAUCUUCAAGAUAAUUUAAAAUCUAUGAAAGCUAUUAUAAAAACAGGUUCCGAGUUAAAAUCUUCGGCUGCUAAGCCGAAGUUACCACCCAAAAAUUUGCAACCGAAAGGAUCAACUCCAAGGGCUUUAAACUGGAGGGGCCCGCCACCGCCGCAGUCACAGCCUCGCCGCGCGCCAGCGAGACCGAACCCGACGGCUGGUGGGCGCAAGCAGCAGCCAUCAACGCGCCGUGCGACGGACCGUCGUGCUCCACGUCAGCAGAGCCGGCCCUCGCGCCGCUAGCCGAGGUGAACGGCACUAAUGUACAGGCUGGUAGAUUGAAAUAUUUCUAUUAUAAUUGGUUACACAUCACGAAUGAUCCAGUAGUCUUAUCCUGGGUUAAUGGUUUGCGAAUUCCUGUUUCAAAUGAUAUCUUUCAGUCUAGCAUUUAUCCACAAAACACUCCCAAAUCCAAUGCAGAUGAGUUAGCCAUGACUAAAGAAAUUGAGAAUCUUUUAAGUAUUGGCGCCAUUAGUCUAUGUGAACCAUGUGAUGGUCAAUUUUUAUCAAAUAUCUUUCUUGUCAAGAAGAGCAAUGGAACCAAUAGAUUUAUUUUAAAUUUAAAAUCAUUAAAUAAGUUUAUUACCGCGCCACAUUUUAAACUUGAAGAUUACAGAACUGCAAUGAGGCUCAUGUCUAAGCAUGCUUACAUGUGUUCAAUUGACCUUAAAGAUGCAUAUUUUUCAAUUAGUGUUCAUUGCGAAUCUAGAAAGUAUUUGCGUUUUUAUUGGUUAGGAAAGCUAUAUGAAUUUCAAGUUUUACCAUUUGGUCUUAAUAUAGCACCCUAUGUUUUUACAAAAAUCAUGCGCCCCGUAAUGGAAUUUCUGCGUAAUCAGGGGCUAUUGUCUGUCAUUUAUUUGGAUGAUUUGUUGUUAUUCGGAAAUACUAGUAGUGACUGUAAACGAAAUUAUGAAAUUACUCAAAACUUGUUGCAAUCACUAGGUUUUACAAUAAAUAUAAAAAAGAGUGUAAGUACACCCAGUCAAACUGCUAUCUUUCUAGGUUUUCUGUUUGAUUCACAAAAUUGUACAAUAAGCAUUCCUCUAGAAAAGAAACAAAAGAUCAAGGAUGAGCUCAUGCAUUUUUCUAGUUUAAAACGGUGCAAGUUACGUAACUUCGCUCAUAUGAUAGGAUUGCUAAUAUCGAUUUGUCCAGCAUCGCAGUAUGGCUGGCUUUAUACAAAGAAGUUUGAAAGAAUUAAGUAUCUGAGUUUGAAACAAAAUGAUGAUUACAAUCAAUACAUUAAUUUACCUAUGCCCUUACGUGAAGAAUUUGACUGGUGGUUACGUAACAUUGAUCAUUGCGCUAGCCCUAUCCGAUCUGGUGACUACAAGUUGGAAAUAUACUCAGACGCGUCUCGAACUGGUUGGGGUGUGAAUUGCUCUGGUAGAACCGCCAGCGGGCAAUGGUCUAGCGAAGAGUUGACAAAACAUAUUAAUUAUUUAGAGCUGAAAGCAGCAUUUUUUGGAUUACAAAUUUUUGCCAAAAAUUUUAGCAAUUGUGAGAUUCUUUUACGGAUUGACAACUCUACUGCUAUUUCUUAUAUCAAUAGGAUGGGUGGUAUACGAUAUCCCCAUCUCAAUUCAAUCAGUCGCAAGAUUUGGCAGUGGUGUGAAGAGCGAGGCUUAUAUGUUUUUGCUUCUUAUAUUAGUUCUCGUGACAACUAUAUCGCGGACGCGGAAUCUCGUCGCAUACAUGCUGACGUCGAAUGGGAACUCGCCGACGACGCUUAUCGUUUUAUAUGCAAAAAAUUUAACCAGCCUGAGAUUGAUUUGUUUGCAAGUCGAUUGAAUAAGAAAUGUUCGAAAUUUGUUUCUUGGCACAAAGAUCCCGAAGCAUAUAAGGUGGAUGCAUUUACUUUGACCUGGUCUAAUUAUUUUUUCUAUGCAUUUCCCCCAUUUUGCUUAAUAAUAAAAGUUUUACAAAAAAUCAUUUUUGAUAAAGCUGAAGGUAUUGUUGUGGUUCCUCUCUGGCCAACGCAGCCUUGGUACCCACUUUUUAGGAAGCUGUUGAUUACCGAGCCUAUUGAAUUAAAAUCUAAUACAAAAUUGUUGUCAUCCCCUUACAGUCGCGAACACAAGCUUCAAGAGAGUCUUACCCUGGUUGCCGGAGUAUUAUCAGGCAGGCGUUCCUGAGGCAGGGUUCUCCUUCUGCUGCUGCCGACGUCAUGUUAGCGUCAUUAGCAGAGAGUACACUUAGACAGUAUAAUACUUGUUUUAGACGUUGGUUCGCCUUCUGUCAAGAUAGGAAUUUGAAUUUAUUUGAUGUAUCUGUUACUCAUGUGUUAGAUUUUUUUGUUAUUCUUUUUCAAGAGGGUCAAAAAUAUGGUUCAAUUAAUAGUAAUAAAGCAGCACUGUCACUUGUGUUAAAUGCAGUGAUUAUGAAUGACCCUCAAGUAACGAGGUUUAUGAAGGGAGUAUACAAAUUGCGAACCCCACAACCAAGAUAUACUUUUACAUGGGAUCCGGCUAUUGUCUUAGAUUACUUAAGUGCUUGGUACCCUAAUUCAGACCUUUCGUUUGAGAGACUGUCCAAGAAAUUGACAACACUUUUGGCCUUAAUAACUGCACAUCGGGUACAGACAUUGUCGUUAAUUAAAUUGUCUAACAUUAAAAAAUACAAUGAAAAGUUCGUAAUUAACAUCACAGAUCAAAUCAAAACCUCGGCGGUGAAUCGUACGCCGCCAACAUUGAUUCUUCCUUAUUUCGAUGAAAGACCUUCCAUAUGUCCUGCUAGGACUUUAGAACAUUAUUUAAGUGUAUCAGCAACAAAGAGAAAAUCUAACUGUGAUUCCUUAUUGAUUAGUUUUAAGAAACCGUUUAAUAAUGUAACUUCACAAUCUUUAAGUCGUUGGAUCAAGGUCACCCUUCGUGAAAGUGGCAUAGACACGUCUAUUUUUUGUGCACAUAGCACAAGACAUGCAGCAACGUCUGCCGCCAAUAGGUUCGGAGUGAGCUUAGAUAUAAUAAAAAGAACCGCAGGUUGGACCGGUAGAUCUGAAACCUUCGCAAAGUUCUACAAUAGAGAAGUGAUCGCAGAUACCUCUGAUGUCUUUGCUCGUUCUAUUUGUAGGAUGGCCUCGGUCAACGACGUAUAAUGAAGAUGACUUUGUUUUCCUUUACAUGCUGAUAAAUAAGUUUUUAAAUUACAAUAAUACAUUAUCUGAUUAUGUA